AUGUCUAUGCAUAAUACUUGCUAUAAAUAUGCACAACAUAGCAUGUGUCAACGAUUUCAGUCUGUAGCAGAAACAGAAGCAGCAUUUGCGUCAGAAUUGGAAGCUUCUUCUAAUAAUAAAAGAAUGCCUUCACUUACUGAUAAACUAUUGAUAGGAAGCCUUUCUCCAAAUUCAACUCCUCCCCGCCAAGAUCCAUGGAGGCUCCAAUUUCCAUUGGGUUGCAUUUCGAAGUCAAUCCAAGAUGCAGUUAAAGAGAUGUAUGAUGUAGAUGCUCAAAAAAUUAAUACAUUGAUAAGACCUGAUGGAACUAAGAAGGCUUAUGUACGUCUUACAAGUGACGUUGAAGCUUUAGAUGUUGCUAAUAAGAUUGGAUUUAUUUAA